AUGGCAGCCGAUAUGAGCGGCGAGCAGAUGCAGGCCAAGAUCACCGCGGCCAGGCGAGAGGCCGAAGGUCUGAAGGACAAGAUCAAGCGCAGAAAGGAUGAGUUGGCCGAUACCACUCUUCGUCAGGUCGCGCAGAGCCAAACGGAUACCCUGCCUCGGAUCGCAAUGAAGCCCCGACGCACGCUCAAGGGACAUCUGGCCAAGAUCUACGCCAUGCACUGGGCAACCGACCGUCGCCAUCUCGUCUCUGCCUCGCAAGACGGAAAGCUCAUCAUCUGGGACGCCUACACCACCAACAAAAUCCAUGCGAUCCCGCUCCGGUCGUCCUGGGUCAUGACCUGUGCUUACUCCCCCAGUGGAAACUUCGUCGCUUGUGGUGGUUUGGAUAACAUCUGUUCGAUUUACAACGUCUCCGCCAACGAGGGUCCCACCCGGGUCGCGCGCGAACUUUCCGGCCACUCCGGCUAUCUAUCGUGCUGUCGCUUUAUCAACGAUCGUCGCAUCAUUACCUCGUCGGGAGAUAUGACCUGUAUGCUGUGGGAUAUUGAAUCGGGCUCGAAAGUAACUGAAUUUGCGGAUCACCUGGGCGACGUCAUGUCCAUCAGCAUCAACCCGACCAACCAAAACAUCUUCGUCUCCGGCGCCUGCGACGCGUUCGCCAAAUUGUGGGAUAUCCGUACCGGAAAGGCCGUCCAGACGUUCGCCGGCCACGAGUCAGACAUCAACGCCAUCCAAUUCUUCCCCGACGGAAAUGCUUUUGGCACGGGCUCCGACGACACCUCCUGCCGUCUGUUCGACAUUCGCGCCGACCGCGAGCUCAACAUCUACCAGAACGAGCAAAUAAUGUGCGGUAUCACAUCUGUUGCCUUCUCGGUUUCCGGAAGAUUGCUCUUUGCGGGUUACGAUGACUUCGAGUGCAAGGUAUGGGACGUUCUCCGAGGCGACAAGGUCGGCGCCCUCAGUGGCCACGAGAACCGUGUAAGCUGCUUGGGAGUCAGCAAUGAUGGCAUCAGUCUGUGUACCGGAUCUUGGGAUUCUCUGCUCAAGGUCUGGGCCUGGUAA